AUGAGCCAACUACCAUUUGAUGGUUCUUCUCCUUAUCGCAUCCUCCCACUAAACGAUUUAUACGCCCCCGUCACCACCGUCGGACCAUAUACUCAUCAUUCUUGGAUUGGGUUCCACCCAAGUGUGAAGAAGCCCGAGGAUCUUCCACUCGAUUUGACUUCAAAGCCUCGGAAGCCGACUCGAAAGAAUAAUCGAAAGCGAAAGAACCCUGCCCCACCGCCUGUUAUACCUAAACCAAAAACUCCACUAGUUCCUCCAGUCUCUGUCUGGCCUCCAGCUGGGUUUUUCAGAACUCAGUUCUUAUCUCUUGCUCUGAAUCAAUCCGCCGCAAGUCCAGUCAAUUUGGACUCUCUACCAGGUCCCAUGUCUCUACUUCCAACUGGCUCGCCGACCACUGUGGCUCAUAUGCUCCACCUGGUGCGAAAAAUAUCGUAUACUCAAAAGUAUUGCUCCGAAAAGUUCGCAAUGUCAAGAACCAAGAAAAUGAACUAG